GUUUCGAAACCUCAAGCACGGGAGGUCUGCGCUCACGAUCACGUGUGGAUUCAGGGGCCAACGACGUGUACUUAGCUGUUGGGUGACAUCUUGUACGGGGUUGUGGCAUGGUACCGGGAUGCGAGAUUGAAGUGGCAGCUUUUCUCAUAGUACGGGCAGGAAAAGAACCACCGUAACCUCAUAGGAUCGAUCGCGUCCGUGACAAACGCAUUUGAGCUGCACUUCUCCAUAGUCCCUCCUGUUAUGAACAAGCUGGCCUCUUUAUAAACCAGCCUGCCAUCAAGGCUCAACUUUUCGAGGAUGGCUCAAACUAUGGCUCGACAAGCUGCAAUGGCUGAUGAGGACGACAUCUCCCUCACAUCUACAGAGAGUGAGAUCUACGGAUCAGAUGCGGAAUUCACAGUUGACCGUAUCUUGGCUGAGAAAGGUCCGGCGAAGAACAAGUACUAUCUUAUCUCUUGGGAAGGAUAUCCAGAGGAGAAGUCGACCUGGGAGCCUCAUGCGAACGUUGGCUCAGACACUUUGCAAGAAUGGGCGGAAAGAUUGGAAAGAGAAAAGCAAGGUAUCGACGAACCGUUCAAUGUGGACAGAUUUGAGUCUAUGAUCAAGAGACUAAAAGAGGAGAAGGAGGACCGUCACAAACGACGAGAGGCAAAGCGACGGCGACUCCAAACGGCUAGGCUUGAGGCCAUAGCAGCGAAGCGCAGAAGGCGGGCGGUCAGGAGUGACAGCGACUCGAGCAGUGAAGCCAUGGAAGAGAACGAGGUUGAGGAUGCACAAGGGAUGAAGAUCAGAGGCGCCGCAAAACGCACACAGUCAGGAUCAAAAAAGCAGCUUAAGAGCCCGAUCAAACAUGCUACUACCAAAUCUACUCCUCAGGUGCAAUCCGAUUCGUCGUCAGAAGAUGUGCCACUGGCCAAACAAAAGGCUCUCGCUCGACCCCGAUCAUUGUCCUCGAAAAACCUUGCGGCCCAGCAACAGAAACAAUCAGAUGUUCAAGGAAUUGGCAGGCCUUCUCUUCCAGCUAGCAGGAGUUCUGGCAAAACUGCACAAUCACAGACAGCUCGUGGCGGGAAAGGGGCUACUAGAGGAGGUUCGAAUGUUUUCCAGUCCAGGGACCGAGCAAAAGGAGAGCGCACUCUUCACAAGAAUGCCAUGGAUCCCACAAAAAAGCCCAGAACAUUUAAAACCAUACAACAACAGCAUAUUGCCGAAAAGCAAGGUAGAAAUCUCGCAGAUCGUGCUCCGGACGUUGAGCAAGCUGGCGGCCUCUUCGACCCCUCAAAACCGCUUCAGCCUAUUAAGGCUACAAUGAUUCGAAAGCCAACAAAGCAGCGUGCAGAAUCCGAGCAACCGACUAGUGAACUGUUCGUCCCAGUGCACUCUCCCAAUUCGCAAUUGCCAGAAGCAGUCUCAGCUCCAGCUUACCAGUAUAGUAAGCCAAAAUCAAGUCGUGAGGUAUGCUUCUUCUGGCAUCGUAACCAGCAGAAUGGCCUCGAACCUGGUUGCGUUAACAAGUACGACUGUACUCGUUACCACCACUAUGAACCUGGAGCCGACAUAAGUCCUGCACCUCCUGGUUACGUUGGGUUAGAUCCCAAGUCGACGUAUUCAGGACCUGAUGUGUGUUGGUUUUGGCAUAGAAACCAACUAAAUUCCAAGAACCCUCCUUGCUCCAACGGGGACAAAUGUUUGCGCCUUCAUGAAUAUAAGGAAGGAGCAAAAAUCCUUCCACCUCCUGGAUUUGCUUACCCUCCAGGUGAAAAGCCUCCACAAGCCACAGAGCAACUACAAGACGAUUCUCCCAUGGUACUAGAUGACGACAAUUUCUCCCACCACGACAAGCCAGAUGUUCCGCCACCUUGGGACGAACCAGUAGCCGCAAGUGUUCGAUCAGAAAAAUCCACGUCUGCGCAGGAAACACCCGCGGCAGAGCAGCGGUCAAAUAAGCCUGACAUUCUUCCUCCAUGGAAGGAGCCGGCUGCAGGUUCUGUCGCAAGCGACCGACGCCCCUAUCGCUCGACUUGCUUUUUCUGGGAUUUGGCCCAGAAAAAUUCAAGCAAUCGUUGCAGAAAUGGAAGCAAUUGCAGCAACCUACACGCUUACGAGCUUGGCGUUCCUGUUGCACUUCCGCCGGCAGGAUGGGUAGACAUGAAUGCACCCCAAAGCUUUCCCACGCCCACGGAUACUUCCAGUGUAGACAGACCACAAGGAAGAUUCCAAUCAGCUCAAGAAACAGGUGUGGACUUUAUAGACAAAGCCUCAUCGCCAAAGCCUGUGAGCAACUUGAAAGCAGAUCAGCCUUCGGAUUCUUUUGGACGACCUCCAUGGGAUCCAUUCAGACCAACCCAUGCGAUAUGCCACUUUUGGCACGAACGAGGUACCUGCACGAAAGGAAAUGACUGCACUUACUUCCAUGAUUCGGAUAUAACUCUUCCCGUCGCUCCUUCCAUCUCCAAUCAGCAAAGAAUUAGGAACGACACCCCAUGCAGAGAUUGGAUCAACGGUCACUGCCAUAAGAAUGAUUGCUGGUUUCUACACAAGCCUCGCGCGGUGAAGAAUUCGACCUCACUUUCGACUGCACCUGCACCUGCACCUACAUUGGUACCCACGCUUGAUCCCGCUGGCCCUCGCAAAGCUACGUUCGACGAAGCAGCGCCUUUGACAGAUAAGCUAGAGACGAUGCUACCUACUAAUAGUGAAUUUGGAGAUCGAUACUUUCGAGACAUUCCACCGACAGAACUUCUGGGAACUUUGAUCCAACCUUCUCAGAGAAGGGCAUCUGGUCCCAGUACCCCAGCGAAGGAUGCCUCUUCAACUGGGAAAGGUGAGCCGCAAGUCGAUUCGCUAGGUAGUCGCCCAUCUGUCCAGCCAAAGAGACGAGCGUGGAGUCCGCGGGAUGCCACUAAUGCAAUAUGUCACUUUUGGCACUCCGGUAAGUGCAUAAAGCAGCACUGUGAAUAUCUUCAUAGUACAGAUCCGACUUUGCCAAUAGCCCCUCAUCCUUUCGAUCUCAUUGCACGCACAACUUGCCCGCUCUGGGCGGACAAAAGAUGCCCAAAAUCAGCUGAAGAGUGCCCAUACCUUCAUGAAACUACGAAUUUUGUUCCUUCUCUUGGACGAGGUUCAGUUUCCGGCUCUCACGAUGACUUUCGCGAGACAUACGGAUCAGGGGAACCAGCUGUUCCACAAUCCACGCCAACUGGUGCUCGUAGGAAGUCGGUCAGAUUUGCGGACGAUUCACCGGUUGCUGAACCGAAGCAAAAUGCCCCUGCCGACUCGACGACUUCCCGAGACAUCUCUUCAUACGGUAGAGAAGGUGGCUCGAGAAUUGUCUGCAGAUAUUUCAAUACAGGGUACUGUAAACGUGGUACAUCCUGUAAGUUUGCGCACGAAGAUCCGUCUCGGCAAUCUCAGAGUUACCGCGAUAUGGACUAUGAGAUGCCAGAUGCUCCUCAUGGGGAGUUUACAAGCUCAAACACAACUCCACUGCCAUUCAACCGCAUGGCGGGGAAUGAGCGGCCGCAGAGUGAUGCGCCACCUUCCAAUGUCGACAAAGAUAUCGACAUGCUGAGGUCCGAGGUAACAAAGCUUGAUGUUGGACAGCUUGCAUCGAAUCCUGGUCAAUCGGCUGCACCAAUGAAGCGAAAGAAAGUUGUCAGCUUGGGUGACUACAAAAAGCAGAAGGCCGUGGCAAAUGUCGGCGAGAGAGCCAAAAACUUGGUCUUUGGUUAUGAUGCCAUACAUUCCGCCUUCUUCGAUUUUGGCGAGGUGAAACAAGGCCAAGACGAACCGUGGAAGCAAGAGUUCCUCUCGACAACGCAAUUUAUCUUCAAUCAGCUAUGCAUGGCUCAAGAUCUCAAAUUACAACAAGGCCUACUUCAUCGACGCGCUUUUCAGCAUGGCAGUUUACAGCCGGCAGAUCCUAGUAAUCCAUCCAUGCUGAAAUUUGUUGAUCAUGUCGCGGAAGAGCUUAUUCUCAGGCUUGGAGGCCUGUUGACUACAUGUGAGCACUUCGCGAUCCUGCUGUAUCCGAGCAAAAGAGAAGAAUGGAGCUUUCUUGAGCAAUCAUCCUCUGUGGAGGCUCGCCUAUGCUACCUGAUUUUUAAGCACGACAUCCAGCCUGGAAGCCAGGAUUUGCCUGCCAAGUUGGAGUUCGGGCAGCCUUACCGCACAUUGUUGGCGGAUAAAAUACAAGGCAUACGCUUGAAAAGUCUCCUCCCUCUCAUUCCCAAGGGAAUAGGAAAGAGCCCCUUCAAGUUCUUUCUGAUGUUCCCGUCGUCUGAAAAGCAAAUGGUACAAUAUUUUUCUGCUUGGAUAUUAGCCUCAAACGCAGAGUCUCAGAUCUACGACAGUCUUUCGGAAGGAUCCUGGGAUUUCUUUAUUAAAAGCACUGACGGAUAUGGCGUUGUUUUGAUCCAUGAGUCAAUUACUCCGAGUCUUUACCAGUUACCCUUCUUGAGUCGCCUUCUCAAGCAUGGUUACAUUGCCAUCUGGCACGUUUCCGACUCGACUUCACUCUACCCGCUCUACCCCUCGGCUCUUUUGGAGCCAGAUCCUCACGUGGGAAGGUUGAGGUUCACGCGCCUCUUCCCACAUGGAUGUGCUUUCUUACUCACACCCAGUUUCAUUAUCGCAGAGCCGGAGUAUUCGUACCACAUCCUCAACUGGUUCUUGAAUACCAAGUUCGUGACAUCCAUAGGUGGCACUUGGAAGCUUGUCUGUUGCCACAAUUUUCGGGGCUACCUCCUCGACCUAGCGAAUUCCAAAGCCAAGGAAAAUCAGGACUUCGAACGAGAACAUAAAGAUAAGCCAGCCAAAGACGCGAUGCUGUCCCAAAAACGAUUGGACUUCAGACACUGUGACACACGCUUCAAGCUUUAUAAAGCACUGAUGAUAUGGCAAUCGAAGCAUACAAGAGAUGACUCUGAUUCAGAUUCCGAUCGUAAUGAUGAUAACGAGUAUGCCUUGGUCCAAGCUCCCAAAUCAAUCGAUCAAGAUGAUGAUGAGGGGCUGAUCAAUUGGUUUGCUGGCUGGGCCAUGUUGAGGCUAGAUACAUUUCGAAAGUUUCCUGUCAUCGGCACAAAUUCAGGUAAUGUUGCUCUAGCCACUAGGAUUAAAGAGAUCCAAGUCCCAAAGAGAGACGUUGCGACCACAACGAUAACGAUCGCCGAAGCUGAAAAGCCUCCAUCUCCAGCAUCUCUACAGAAGCAGAAGGCCUUGGAGAUUGCCGCCAGACUUGGAGCAGCGAAUCCGAACAAGGUCUCGUCCGCCAUGGAGCUUGAUGCUAAGGGUGACGACUCCGACGUAUCUAUGGACAUAGCAGAAUCAAGCCCGGCUAGCAGGCUUUACAACCAUGGUACCGACGCUCGUCAGUCUCCAGACGUGUUAAAGUUCAUUGCCCAGACUGGCUGUGGUCCUGAAGACGCCAAUACAUUUCUCGCAAAAGCUAACGGUGACUUGACGCGGGCGCUGGAGCUUCGCAGAGUAGAGCCAUUUGACUCGUCCUUCAACGAGUUGCUUAACGAUGCAGCUAAUGGCCGUCAUCUUCCUCCAAUCACAGGAGGCGAAUCCAAUGCUCAAGAGCUCAACGAUAAAGCCGCCCACCGCAAUACCCGCGUCGUCGAUAGCAUCCCUCAACAUGAAGCCAGUGGUGGCUCAAGAAACAGCUCAAGAGACGGCAGCCGGCGCGCCAGUCUCGUCAUGUCCCCUGGCGAAAUAUCUCUUGGCUCCAACGACGGCGAAAAUGGAGGUGGAGGUCAAUCCAAGAAGGACCGAUUUCAACCCGUACAAGAACCUCAGCCUCGAGCUGCCGCUCGGACAGAAACAGAUGUCGACAUGGACUCAUACUCUGAUUCGGACGCCGAGCUAGAUGUCGAAAUGGAAACUAUUAGCAUUACGAAGACAUUUAAAGCUACUUCGGCUUGGUAUAGAGAACAGCAGGCUAAGGGCUUGAAAUGGGAACAUAUUACUGUUCUUACGCAGUGGGAGGAGAUGAAGAGUUACUUGGGAGUCAAGUAG